AUGCCGCGCUUCUUCUUCCUCACCACCUCCAAGGCGGACAACCUGCGCGCCUCCGUCGCGCGCGGUGGAUGGGCCUGCGCCCCCGGUGUGGCCGUGCGCCUCGUGGACGCGCUGCAGGGACCGGAGCCGGUGCUCGUCUUCCUCUCCGCCCGCCCCACCGGCAACUUUGCGGGCAUGGGGCGGCUGGCCUCGCCGCCCCUACUCGGCCAGAACGUGCCGUGGGAGGGCGACCGAGACCUUGCCCCGCCCUGCGCCCUCGAGUGGUUCUUCCGGCACGACGUGCCGUUUGCCGAGGCCGAGCACAUCAGCCUGGGGCCGCGGCCUGCGAUGCCCGGGCCCAUGGUGGGGCCGCCGGGGCAGAUGAUGAUGAACCCCAUGCUGGCCGCGGCCAUGGGCGGCUUUGCCGCGCCCGGCAUGAUGAUGCACCCCGCUAUGGCCGCCAUGCAGGGCAUGGGCAUGCCGCCCGGCAUGCUCGUCCCCGGCGCCAUGAAUCCCAUGCUCGCCGGCGUCUGGCCGGGGAUGGGCGGGCCGGGGCAGGCCCUGGGGGCAGGUCGGGCCACACCCGACGACCGCCCCGACAUCAUGUACAUGAGCUACGACGAGUAUGUGGAGACCUUUGAGUCGCUCAAGGGCCAGGACAAGGCCAAGGAGGGCAAGGCCGCGAGCGGCACGGAAGAGGAAGCCGAGAAGCCUAAGGCUGUGCAGUCGGCACAGCUGAUGAGCGAGGAGGAUUACCUGGAGCACUGCAGAAAGUUCACGGCGGAGAUGGGCUUGCCCUUUGACGAGGCUGUGGUGAGGCAGCACUAUCACAACAUGAAGGCGACCGUCGCGGCAGAUGCCGUCGCAGCGGCAUGA